ACGAUCAGCUUUCGGUUUGAAGAUUUUCUUAUCAGUUUCUUCUGAAUUUUCCUGGAAGAGGAGACUUGUGAACGAGAUCUAGCACGGACCUCUUCGUGUCGUCGUCGCGGAGAAGAAUUGCGAAAGAGGCAAAGGAGCUUCAUAAACCCUUAUAGAUCGAGUUUCUUUCUCCAUUUCAGACGACGAGAAAAGAAAGGAAAACGCAUCGAAGAUGAACAUUUUCAGAUUAGCAGGUGAUAUGACUCACCUGGCCAGUGUUCUUGUCUUGCUUCUCAAGAUCCACACCAUCAAAUCCUGCGCGGGUGUUUCACUGAAGACUCAAGAACUCUAUGUCAUUGUCUUUGCGACCCGAUAUUUGGAUAUUUUUACGAGUUUCGUGUCUAUCUACAACAGUCUUAUGAAGUUGAUAUUCUUAGGAAGUUCGUUUUCGAUAGUUUGGUACAUGAGGUACCAUAAGGCUGUCCACAGGACUUAUGAUAGGGAGCAAGAUACCUUUCGUCAUUGGUUUCUCAUGCUUCCAUGCAUACUCCUAGCUCUUCUGAUUCAUGAAAAGUUUACCUUCUUUGAGGUCAUGUGGACUUUUUCACUGUACUUGGAGGCUGUUGCAAUACUUCCUCAGCUUGUUCUGCUGCAGAGGACUAGAAAUAUCGACAACUUGACAGGACAAUACAUAUUUCUCCUUGGGGGAUACCGUGGAUUCUACAUUCUCAACUGGAUUUACCGUUAUUUCACUGAACCACACUAUGUUCACUGGAUAACAUGGAUCUCUGGGCUCGUUCAAACAUUGCUCUACGCCGAUUUCUUCUACUAUUACUUCCUAAGCUGGAAAAACAAUAAAAAGCUGCAGCUACCGGCUUAGUCUCUAAUUUUCCGAUUCUUGGGAAGCAAAUUUGGUAUUGCGCACUGGAAGUUUGGGAUUAAUCAAUCAGUGGGCGGGGCUUACUUGUUAUAUAGAAGAGAAGGUUAUAUAGAAUUGUAAACUCUCUAGUAAUCUAACUUGUUAAAUUUGUUGUACUUCUUCUUGUUUUCCCUUCAAGGGCAGUGUUCUAAAUUUCUUUACCGAACAUUAAACCAUCCACAACCAGGCAAUGUAAACUAUUUAUCUUUUUUCAAAUUGCGAUCGAUCCAAGUUGUGUAA